UGGAAUUUUGUCGCUUAGAGUAUACAUAUGGCGAUUUUUCGGACGCAAAAUUCCAACAUUUUGAAGAAAUAAAUAUAAAUAAAGUGUGGUACAAUAUUCAAAAUAAACAGCGUCGAAAAUGAGCGGGUUUCUUCCCAGAGAUUUGAUCAAUGAAGUCAAAAUUAGACCAGGCAUUUACAAUAAAGAUGUGCUGGAGCAUCCUACCCGCGACCACAAACGUCAGCUGUGGCUAGAGGUGGCAGAACGUCUAACGCCAGCCGAAGACUGGGAAACCUUUACUGAUGUAGAGAAAGAAGUCAGGAUGGGUGAAAUAGCCACCAAAUGGAAAAACUUAAAAGAUCAUUUCUAUCGUGAGAUUAAGCUGGAGGAAGCCGGCGAAGCUCAUAAAAAACGUAAAUACAUUUACUAUGACGAUAUGGAAUUUGUAAGGCCAUUUGUAGGCUACAAAUUGCCACCCAUGAACAAACGCCAGAAGAUCAACAACAACAACAAUACCAACAAUAACAAUAAUGACUCCAUGGAGUCCACACAGGAAUUUUUGACCAAUGAAACAGACAUUGAUAUGGAGGCUUUUCUAAAUGACACCGAUACUGUCCAAGAGGAUGAUAUAAAAUUUGUACCUGACAGCAGCACAGUACAGGAGGAGCGUGCCAAAACGAAACGUGUCAUAAAGCCCACAUUUAAGGUGGUGCAAAAUAAACCUUCCUCCAGCUCUGCCGCCACCAAUCGUUUACAAAAAGAAGCUAUUAUCAAGAAUUUUAAUGUUUUAAAGAAAACCGAUAGCCCUUCCAACUCCACCUUUAAAAUACGUGAUGGUGACAUUACAUUUUGCCUCUCGCUAGUGCCCACUUUACGUAAAUUGGACGACAGCCGGAAACUAAGCGCCAAAAUAGAAAUUCUCAAAGUUCUACGCUGUUAUGUGGAUACCAAUGAACGGCGCAAUUUCAACAAUCAAUCGCAUGCGUCUAAUUUGGACAACACCACCAGUAGCCAGUGUGAUGACAUUGAAGAGGAUGAUAUGGACGAGGAACAUUUAGAGGAGUACGAAGACAGUGUUAAUAUUAAACAGGAGAGACGUGAUGAUCCUUUAAAUGGUGGUGGUGGUGGCAGUGGUAAUACCAAAAUCUGGUGGACCUAACCUUUGCAGGGUGAGAUGUGAGACAAAUGAAAACAAGAAAUGUUUAAUAAUGACAAACAUUUUAGUUAAGAUUACGUUUAUUUAGUAUAUUAAAACGAAAGAAUAAUAAAAAUUUGCCAUUAAAAAGGAAAUAUAAAAA